CACGCAGCGUCGCCUGGAGGCCGCCGAACCCGCCGCGAGCCCGUUCCUGCUGGUGACGGGGCCGGCCGGCUGCGGCAAGUCGGCCUGCAUCCGCUGCGUGGCCGACCGGCUGGACAUGGCGCUGGUGGAGUGGCUCAGCCCCGGCGCAGCCCGCUACCAGCGCGGACGCGCAGCUCUCCGACGGCGGCGCGUGGCAGGGUGCAGAUGACUCGGUGACACCUGACGGUCAAGCUGCGCCAGUUCACUGACUUCAUGGUGCGGGCCAACCGUUACGGCUCAGUGCUGCCAGCUGGCGGCGGCAGGGCGAGACUGGUGCUCGUCGACGACCUGCCCAAUGUGAUCGCCUACAGGAAGGAGGAGUUCUAUGAUGUUCUCAGGCGGUACAGCCGCGGCGCGCGCAGUCCAUGCGUGUUCGUCAUGAGCGACGGCGCCGCUCGCUCCGACCUCGGCCAGCUGAGCGUGUUCCCCGACAGCGUGCAGGCCGAGCUGGGCGUGCAACACAUCACGUUCCGUCCGCUGACCCAGAAGCAGCUGGUGACGGCGAUGGAGAGGAUUCUGGCUGUGGAGGCGUCUGGGGCAGCGGGCGUACGCCACCCGGGCCGGCCCGUGCUGGACCAGCUGGCUGCCGCCGCCUCCGGGGACGUCCGCGCCGCCGUCAACGCCCUGCAGUUCGUCUGCGUCCAGGGCGGUCAGCGGCGGCGAGCCGCGGAGCCGGCCUGGCAGGCACAGAAGAGGCUCCGGACGGAGGAGCCUGCUGUGGGCGGCAGGGACGCUUCGCUCGGACUGUUCAGAGCCGUGGGCAAGAUCAUCUACGCCAAACGCGGUGACGGGGAGGAGCCGGCGCUGCCGCCGAGCCUGGCGGACCAGCGGCGUGCCCCGCUGCUGGAGCGGCAGCCAGAGGAGGUGUGCGAGCGCGCCGGCGUCCAGCCCGACACGCUGGUCGCCCACCUGCACCACAACUACCCGGACUUCUGCGGCCAGCUGGAGGACGCCGUCACCAGCGCCACCUACAUCAGCCACGCCGACCUGAUGGCGGCCGACUGGCAGUCGCGCGCGGCGAUGCUGGCGUACGGCAGCUCGGUGGCGGCCCGGGGCGUCAUGUUCGCCCGUCAAAGCUCGGUCAGCCUCGGCUUCCGCCAGUUCUCGCAGCCCCAGCUGACGCGGGUGGAGCAGCGCCGCCUGCGGAGACUGGAGGGUCUGCGCCUGGCGCUGGCCGACUGGCGGGUCACCACCGAGUCGUUGGUGACGGAGCUGCUGCCGUUCCUGGAGCUGCGCGCCGCCGGCCGCCGGCCCGGCCUUCUGUCUCUCCCCGAACAUGAUAUCAGCUUCUACCGAAGCCUCCAUCUUCCGGUCAUGGACAGCGCCGGCUGUGCCGAGCCGGACCAGCCGGACGACGAGCUGAACAUCGAGGAGUACGCUGACUGAGGCCGGCGCCGCUCCGGACCGCCCGCCGGCCGGUGGCCCGAUGCUCGGCGGUGGCGGCGCGGGGGCUGCCAUCGGCGCACCGGCGGAGCGGCCCCCCACCGGACCGGCCGAGCGGACCCGGGCGCUGGCGGGAGCGCAGGCGUGGAGUCUGGCGGAGUUGCCGCCGGGCUGCGCCAACACUCGGCCUGUUUUAUUGUCUUGGCAGCCUGCGAUCGUUGAUGUGUUGCAGACAUUUAUAUUGCGAGCGUGUGUCGAUUUUUGCUGUCGUGGCUUGAGGUUACCCCGCUACGAUGCAAAUAAUUGCCGUUGAUUUGGAGUUGUUCUUUGUUAUAAGAUCUGUCCCUGCG